AUGGCAACCACUACUACUAGCGGCAAGAGUGACAACGAAACGCUCAUUCCAACAUGGGAUGCUUAUUUUGAAUUACGGUCCAAGAGGCGCAAGUAUGAAAUAGUCUCGUACUUUCCAAGCACGGUGGUACCAAUGAUCGGCACGGGCGCAUAUUUUAUGCAGCUUGUAAUCGACCCGUUUUCGACGUUUAUGGGCUUGGAUCCAUUGAUGGCGGCUGGCGUAGCAACUAUCGGCGCUGGAUUUUGUGGAUACUUGAUGGGACCAGUGCUAGGCGAUGUGGGAUUUAAAUGCAUGAAUCGAAAAUACGUGGCGGCAAUGGAUGAGCGUGAUAAGGCAUUCUAUGAACAUGUUAAACGAAAUCGAUCAAGUGCGCGUCUCAAUUCGAUCCGUAACCCCGUUCCUGACUACUAUGGCGAAAAGAUCAACUCGGUAGCUGAAUACCGGUCAUGGUUGAGAAAACAACGUGAACAUUAUCGCAAAGGUGUCUUUGGUGGCAAUCUGGACGAGACUGCGUAA